AUGUGGUGGGUCCCACCCACACUGAAGGCAUAUAAAAGACCUUCUGUAGGGAGAGUUGCCCAGACUCCAGUCACCUCCUUCUCUACCCAAGGACAACCUCUCUACUCAACAACCUACACCAUGUGUGGCAGCUACUACGGAAACUACUAUGGCGGCCGUGGCUAUGGAUGCUGUGGCUAUGGAGGCCUGGGCUGUGGCUAUGGAGGCUAUGGCUAUGGAGGCCUAGGCUAUGGCUAUGGAGGCCUAGGCUAUGGCUAUGGAGGCCUAGGCUAUGGCUAUGGAGGCCUGGGCUGUGGCUAUGGCUGUGGCUUCCGCAGCCUUGGCUGUGGCUAUGGCAGUGGCUAUGGAUAUGGCUCCCGUUCCCUCUAUGGCUGUGGUUAUGGAUGCGGCUCUGGCUGUGGCUCUGGAUUUGGAUACUACUAA